AUGGAGAUCGUCGCCACGCGCUCCCCGGGCUGCUGCGCCGCCGUGUCCUUCUCCCAGUCGUACAGGCCUAAGGCGUCCAGGCCGCCGACCACGUUCUACGGCGAGUCGGUGAGGGUGAACACGGCGCGCCCGCUCUCGGCGAGGCGGUCCAAGGCGGCCAGCCGCGCGGCGCUCAACACCCGGUGCGAGAUCGGAGACAGCCUGGAGGAGUUCCUGACCAAGGCGACGCCGGACAAGAACCUCGUCAGGCUGCUCAUCUGCAUGGGGGAGGCCAUGAGGACGAUCGCGUUCAAGGUCCGGACGGCGUCCUGCGGCGGCACGGCCUGCGUCAACUCCUUCGGCGACGAGCAGCUGGCCGUCGACAUGCUCGCUAACAAGCUCCUCUUUGAGGCUUUGGAGUACUCCCAUGUGUGCAAGUAUGCGUGCUCUGAGGAAGUCCCCGAGCUGCAGGACAUGGGUGGCCCAGUUGAAGGUGGUUUCAGCGUUGCAUUCGAUCCCCUCGACGGCUCCAGCAUUGUUGAUACCAACUUCACCGUCGGAACCAUCUUCGGAGUCUGGCCCGGCGACAAGCUGACCGGAGUCACCGGCGGCGACCAGGUCGCUGCCGCGAUGGGCAUCUACGGCCCUCGCACGACUUACAUUGUCGCCCUCAAGGACUGCCCCGGGACACACGAGUUCCUCCUCCUUGACGAAGGUAAAUGGCAGCAUGUCAAGGACACCACGACCAUAGGGGAAGGGAAGAUGUUCUCUCCUGGUAAUUUGAGGGCAACAUUCGACAAUCCUGAGUACGACAAGCUCAUCAACUACUACGUCAAGGAGAAGUACACAUUGCGCUACACUGGAGGAAUGGUUCCCGAUGUCAAUCAGAUCAUAGUGAAGGAGAAGGGCAUCUUCACCAACGUGACGUCCCCGACGGCGAAGGCCAAGCUGCGGCUCCUCUUCGAGGUGGCGCCUCUGGGCUUCUUGAUGGAGAAGGCCGGCGGGCACAGCAGCGACGGCAAGCAGUCGGUGCUGGACAAGGUGAUCAACGAGCUGGACGAGCGGACCCAGGUGGCUUAUGGGUCCAAGAACGAGAUCAUCCGGUUCGAGGAGACCCUCUACGGUUCGUCCAGGCUCGCCGCCGGCGCCACCGUCGGCGCUGCCGUCUAA